AAGGUUUGUUUCCAGGAUCGUUCAUGUCUCCCUCGAACAACUUCUUGGAAACCCUCCCUGUCACGAAUGAGAUACAGGCUGGCACGUCCCUGAAUCUGACCGUUCUAUCAAACAAGCCCAUGCCAGAUCUGCAUUACCAGAUCUUUGUCCGAGACGAGUCUGUGGAGGAUGGGAUAUUUCAUGUCAACAACAAGAGCAUGGCGACGAUGACGAUCCCUGUGACGCAGCUGAUGUUCCCCAGAGCCCAUGUCCUCGUGUACCACUUCCUUGACGACGGAGAAGCUGUGGGAGACAUAACGUCAUUUGACGUAGGCAACUCUGCGAAAAACAAGUUGAAGGUGGAGUUCAGUAAGAGUCAGACUCGUCCCGGGGACAACGUCAACCUCCAAGCUAACGGCCCUGCGGGGGCUACCAUAUACGUCACAGCUGUCGACAAGAGCGUUCUCAUCCUGGGCAAUAAUAACGAAAUGACACGAUCAAGAUACACCAACAAAUUGCUGGAACACUACGUCACCCCGGAUGGCAAAACAACGGAUGAUAUGCUGACGCAUGAGGGCAUACAGAUUAUUGUUAGCCAAACAGAUAUCAACGAAUGCUACUUCCGUCCAUGUCUCAAUGGUGGCACGUGCAGUGAUAGUCUCCCUGGUUACGCAUGUCACUGCCCUGUUGAUGUCACUGGGAAGAACUGUGAGAGCAUCAUGGGUUGUCGCCUUUACCCCUGCCAACAUGGCGGUACAUGUCAGCACAUCCAGUAUGACCCCUGGUACACCUGUAUCUGCCCUCACUUUAUCACCGGGACAAACUGUGAACAUGUCACAGAGUGUUUCCGUCAGCCCUGUCAGAACAACGGUACCUGCAUCGUGCUUCCGUCGGGGCAUAGGUGUCAAUGUCCUCAAUACAUCGUUGGCGACAACUGUGAGGUGGUUACAGACUGUUAUUCCCGACCUUGUCAAAACGGAGGCACCUGUCAGAUGACGUCACUCGGGUACACCUGCAUUUGCUAUAGGUCCAACACUGGAAGGAACUGUGAAUCUUUCACAGGACUUCCAACAGCAAGCCCCAUCCCAGGACAAACUGGACUUCCAGCCGCAUCGUUUGGCUGGCCUCAGAAAAGUGGAACGCCAACCGCUGCGUUUCCAUGGCAUGGCCAAUCUGGACUUCCAACAGCAUCGCUAACUAUGACUCCAAGUGUUACCUUGCAUCCCCCAACUGGGGAUGUCCUCUUGGGCAAGACAAGGUCGCGGACCAACUUCAUGGAUACCUUGCUGUGGACCAAUACCACUCUCGGGUCGACGGGCACUGUGGACAUCCCCGUUCGUCUUGGGGACACGGUGACGACUUGGGUGGCGAGUGCCUUUGCUAUGAGCUUAACAUAUGGACUAAGUAUCACAUCAGGAUACGCCGAGAUUCUUUCAUCUUUAAAGUUUUUCGUGUCCCUCAUCACACCCGAUCAUAUUAUAUUCGGCGAAAAGAUCAUUCUUCAACCUGUUGUCUACAACUACAUGGGAUCGGAAAUUCCGAUUACACUUAUCAUUGAAAACUCCGUGAGCCAAGAUAAGGUGUACAGAAAUGGCCAGAUCAAACAUGGCGAGAGUUUGUCAUUUACCGUUCCUACAUCCUUCACAACACUUGGCACAGUGACAGUGAAAAUAACCGCUAUAGGCUUACUUAGCAACGUUCGGGAUACCGUUGUUAAAGAAAUACAAGUAAAGCCACAAGGGGCACCGCAACACUAUAACUUCCCAGUGGUAAUCGACCUGAACGCCGCCUCAUCCCUAUCGACGGCAGUUGAUGUCGUUCUACCAGCUUCCGUGAUCAAAGGGUCAGUGAAAGUCAAAGCCAAAUUAUCGGGAGAGAUCCUGGCUUCCAGCAUCCAUGGUCUGGGCCAGCUAGUGACGUACCCUUCUGGGUGUGGUGAGCAGACGAUGAUCGGACUGUCUCCAGACAUUUACAUCGCCAAGUAUCUCACGGCCACAGGGCAGAUGACAGCUGACCUCAAGGACAAGAUAGUCGCCUAUAUCAAGGAAGGAUAUCAGCACGAGCUGACGUAUCAACUUAGUGACGACUCCUUCUCCACCUUCACAUCGAAUACCAUCGGAAGUACAUGGCUGACUGCUUUUGUCAUAGGAUCGUUCAAGGAGGCCAAAUCCUUUACUUACGUCAGCGAUGACAUCAUUAUCCAUGCAUUGGAUUGGCUGAUGGGUCAGCAGAAUAGUGAUGGGUCUUUCAGGGAACCUCACGCGCUCUACCACAAAGACAUGCAGGGCGGAACCAAAUCAACAGUUGCUCUAACUGCCUAUAUAACAAUAGCUUUGGAAGCUAGUAAAAACUUCCAAGGGGAAACGAGAAGAUCCCUCGCAGAUGCUCUCAAGUUGGCCCUCCACUAUCUCCAGGAACAAUACACAAGCCUUGAUGACAACCAUGCCCACGCCCUCGCUCUCACAGCAUACGCUUUUACCAUUACUGGAACCAGUUUCAGCAGCGUUUUAGUAAACAAGCUGAACGCCAUUGCUCAUAUUGACGGCCAAAUAAAAUACUGGACGGCAAGUAAGACUACCACUGUCACAAAAAGAGAACCAUGGAAGGAGGGACAGAGAUUUGGUCGACCUAUAGACAUUGAGACUUCCGCCUACGCCCUCCUCGCCCACACAGCGAGGGGGGAACUCGGAGAGGGACUUAAGGUCAUGAAAUGGAUUGUCCAACAAAGGAACCCCAAUGGAGGCUUCACGUCAACACAGGACACUGUGGUGGCUCUUAAAGCUCUGUCUGAGUUCCACACUGCCUUACACCAGGCCACGUCCCCGUCCUCGCCGCACCACGUCCACAUCGCUGCAACCAUAGCGACCACUGGCUUCAGCAAGAACUUCCAGAUAGAUGACUCUAACAUUAAUGUCCUUCACGAAGUUGAGUUGCCGGUUGACAGCGGUUCAGUGAAUAUAACAGCAUCUGGUUCGGGACUUGGUGUUGUUGAGGUGGCAGUUUUCUACAAUGUUGAUGCAGCUGAUGGCAAUGCGGCGUUUGAUCUCACCGCUACUGUAAUCAAAGAAAGCGUGCAGUCAAUAACGGUACAUGUAUGCGCCAGCUGGAAGCUGGCAGACUCAAGUGGUAUGGCCGUUAUCCAGGUGGGUAUUCCAACUGGUUUCGAACCCGACGUCAGCCUCAUCAAAGAAACCAACGGUCUCAAAAAGAAGGAAUACAAAUCAGGAACUGUUGACAUCUACUUUGAACAGAUCGGGCGCAGUCCUCUAUGCGUGGAUGUCACAGCCAACAGAGUCGGGAUGACGGUCCAGACCCAGAAGUCCCAAGUACUCGUCUUUGACUACUACAAUCCCGUGAAUCAGCAGAGUGUGUUCUAUCUGUCCUCGGCCCUCCACGACGCCAAGCUAUGCGACAUCUGUCCUACCUGCACUGGUUGUGGGGAUCUGAUCAUCGGGAAGUAGUUCAUCGAAGCCCAGGGACAGCUCUGUCUGUGCGUACUACGCGUGUUUGUACACUAAAAUAUGAAUAAACAUUUCAGCAGUUA